GUCUCAUUGUAGCAGAUUAAUGCGGCCGGAACGGCAUAACGGAAAAUAUGCGAAGCUUUGGAGCGGAUUUCUUUCUUUUUUUUCACGAUAUCGGAGAAGUUGAAUAAUUUUCAUUGAAUACUCAAGAUUUCAGCAGUUAAUCGAUGAGGUUGACUUUCUGCUGGAUGCGUCUCACCUGCAAGGCAGUGCUUCUUCUUAGAUUUUGGAGAUAACACAUCAUUAAAAGAAUGCCGUUCCGUCUGACAUACAGAUUGGCCACGAUGCUGAUAAUAUCAGCAGCUUACAUUAAAAAGACGACGAGAAGUCAAUCAACAGAUUCCUCAUCAACCCACAUCCAAACGGGAUAUUCUGGCUCUACAACCGAUGCUCCAACCCAGGAUCCUACUGGCUCUACAACCGAUGCUCCAAACAAGGAUCCUUCUGGCUCUUCAACCGAUGCUUCAACCAAGGAUCCUUCUGGCUCUUCAACCGAUGCUUCAACCAAGGAUCCUUCUGGCUCUACAACCGAUGCUUCAACCCAGGAUCCUUCUGGCUCUACAACCGAUGCUUCAACCAAGGAUCCUUCUGGCUCUACAACCGAUGCUUCAACCAAGGAUCCUUCUGGCUCUUCAACCGAUGCUUCAACCAAGGAUCCUUCUGGCUCUACAACCGAUGCUCCAACCAAGGAUCUUUCUGGCUCUACAACCGAUGCUCCAACCAAGGAUCCUUUUGGCCCUACAACCGACACCCUAACCAGUCAUUCAAAUGCAUCAACAGCAUUAUCGGGAACUCCCGAACCAAGCGCUAACAAGACAACCAUAGAACCCAAAGAGACGACAUCUAAAGGUGGAGAUUUCACAAGUCCCCCUGAGGAACUAUCGCCUGGUGCAAAAGCAGGAAUUUUAAUUGUGUCUUUGGCGGGAACUGCCGCCAUAGCAAGUGGCAUUGGAUACGCAGUGAUCCGUUGCAAAUCUUCCUCUAAGGUGACUCCUGAGAACAAUGCGAACAAGGACAUUGAACAUGUUGAGAUAGAAAGCAUAUCUAACGAUACAGCCAAACUCACUUCCCCAGAUAAUGAUUAACUAUUCAAUUCAAUUCAAUUCAGCAUUUAUUUCCAAAUUCAUUAAAAAGAACAAAAUGAGAACAAAAGUAUAUAUACACAAAGAAAAAAUAAAUAACAUAAAACAAAGCAAAGGUAUCAACAGAACAUAACUGAUACAAAAAAAUAUUGGUGAUGAUAAAAUUUUGGUUGGCACAUAAUUAUAAAAAUAUAGGUGAACAAAAUAAUGAAUGGAAAUUGGGCAUGCACAAAAAAGCCAUAAAAAGGCUUGUUAAAACGCACAUACCCAAGAAAUAUCAAUCGUUACAAAUAAAAUUCAGUAUAUGGUAUGGAUACGACAAGUACCAAAGAAUAAAUAGAGAUAAGAAUAAUCAUUUUAUUUAAAACCAAAAAAAAAAAACUAAAUUAAACAAACUUGAAACAAACUUCAAGGU